GAGAAGAUGCUGCCGCUGCUGAUUUGCGUCCUGUUGGUGGCCAGUGCCGCUGGGUGCGGGCAGCCAGCCUACCCUGCCCACAGCCGCGUGGUGAACGGCGAAGACACUGUGCCUUACAGCUGGCCCUGGCAGGUCUCCCUCCAGUACGAGCAAAAUGGCGCCUUCCAUCACACCUGCGGAGGGUCCCUCAUCGCCCCCGACUGGGUCAUGACAGCUGCCCACUGCAUCUCGCGAUCCCGCAGGUAUAAGGUGGUGCUGGGGGAGUACAACCUCAAAGUCAAGGAAGCCCCUGAGCAGCACGUGCCCAUCAACUCCAAAGACAUCUUCGUGAAUCCCAACUGGAACCCCAGCUGUGUGGCCUGCGGCAAUGACAUCGCACUGCUCAAACUCUCCCGCCGGCCACAACUGAACGACAAAGUCAGACUGGGCUGCAUUCCCGAGCCAAACACCGUCCUGCCCAAUGGAUACCCUUGUUACAUCACCGGCUGGGGACGUAUUUCCACUGGGGGGCCUCUGCCGGCCAAGCUGCAGCAGGCUCUCCUGCCCGUGGUGGACUACAACCACUGCAGGAAGCCUGACUGGUGGGGAGGCUCCGUCAAACCUAGCAUGGUCUGCGCUGGGGGAGACAUCAAAUCCGGCUGCAACGGUGACUCCGGUGGCCCCCUCAACUGCCGGGGCAAGGACGGCAAGUGGUACGUCCACGGGAUCGCCAGCUUCGUCUCCGCGAUGGGCUGCAACGCCUUGAGGAAGCCCACCGUCUUCACCCGGGUUUCUGCCUUCAACGGUUGGAUCCAGAAGAUACUCAGGGGACAGUGAGCAGGAGAACCGGCCAGGCUCCUAGUUCCAGAAUAAAUUCACUUUGGAGAUGC